GUGGCUUAACACGGGCGAGAGGGAGAUGGAGAGAAAUGAGGUCUGAAAAGGACCAAAUGACCGUGGGCAAGGAGAAAAGCGUCGUCGAGAUACAGUUUAGAGACAUCCCCAGAGAGCAAGAGAACACCCCCGGCAACCCGAAGCAGAAAGAGGAGAAGAAAGAGGUGUUUACCAAGGUGGUGCUUCGAAGGCUUCCACCUAACCUGUCAAAGGACCAGCUAGAGGAACAGCUCAGUCCACUUCCAUCCUACGACUAUUUUGAGUUCUUUUCAGCUGAUCAAAGUCUUUACCCCCACCUGUUCUCCAGGGCAUAUAUCAAUUUUAAAAACCCCGAAGAUAUCCUGCUGUUUAGGGACCGAUUUGAUGGUUAUGUCUUCAUUGACAACAAGGGCCAGGAGUAUCCUGCAGUGGUAGAGUUUGCCCCCUUCCAGAAAAUUUCCAAGAAGAAGCUAAAAAAGAAAGAUGCCAAAGCUGGGAGCAUUGAAGAAGACCCCGAAUACAAGCGGUUCUUGGAGAAUUACUCCUGUGAUGAGGAGAAGUCUAUGGCCAACCCAGAGACCCUGCUGGGAGAGAUAGAAGCCAAGACCAGAGAGCUCAUAGCCAAACGGACAACACCACUGUUGGAGUACAUCAAAAAUAAGAAGAUUGAGAAACAGAGAAUAAGAGAGGAGAAGAGAGAGGAGAGGAGAAGGAGGGAGCUUGAAAAGAAACGGCAGAGGGAGGAGGAAAAGAGGAAGCGACGAGAAGAAGAGAGACGCAAACGAAAAGAGGCAGAGAAACAGAAGAAACUGUCUGACAAAGACAUCAAAAUUAAGCUCCUAAAGAAGAGUGACAGGGACGAUGACGUGGAUUCCGACAGAAUGAAGGAUAAAAGCGACAUCGGGGAGGUAGACCGAGGCAAAUGGGAGAAAACUGGAGGACAAAUGAAGUCAAAGGACUCCAAAGAAAAAGGUCAGCCUGAGAGUGACAAGGAGCAGCGAGAGCAGCACAGUCGCAGACAGAGAGAUAAGGAUCACCGUGGGAAAGAUGAAGAGAGGAAACGACAGCGACACCACUAUGAGUUUGACAAGUUUAUGCGCCGCAAAGAUGAGACUAAAUGGGGAAAGGGCUACUGCCAGGACCGAGCCAAAAAAGAAGGGCACCAUCAUGGCUAUUCUUACUGUCCAGACAGUGGAGACAAACUGGGAAAGGAGGACAGGGAGGACCUGGGUAACAGGAAAGAACGCCUCCGAAACAAGGUGAGCGAGAAGGACCGUCCAGCCAUGCAGCUCUAUCAGCCUGGUGCACGAAACAGGAAGCGCAUGAGCUCCGCAGGCAAAGGCUAUGACUGCAUCCCUGUGAGCCACUCACCUGAACCCGGCACGGAGCCUUGUUAUGAUGUCGUCACUCUAGCAACAGGGAUGGAGAAGGGGUUUGAGAAAAGCAAAGAUGAACAGUGAGCAGCCUGGAUGUUUAGAGAAAAUAGGUGUGAGGUUUGACUGGUUAUUAUUGAGCUCUGCAAAAGCAAAGUCUUUUAGUAGUUUUCAUCUGCAUUAAGUGUAAAAAAAAUUCUGAGGGUUUUUGUUUUGCUGGAGCAUGAACAUUUUUAGUGCACACUAAAUAUUUUCUCAUUGUUUAGUAUUCAAAGAAUGAUCGUCACUUAUCAUAGCAUUAGGUGGAAUGCUUGGAAUACACCAUGUGAAAAAUACUGAGAGCAGGGGCAAACAAUAGUAAUUACCUUCAUGAUAGCACAACAAUUAACUUGAUUUCUCACAGUUAUUUGGUGUAUCACAUGCACUUUUUUGUUAUUUCAGUUGAACUUGCUAAAAUUGCCUCUUGCCACCUAGUUUUCAGUUUCAUCAAAGCUUUUUUAUAUGAGGAAGUCCAAUGUCAUUCCUUUUGGUCAUCAUGUUGUUGAAGUGUGUCCCUGUAAGAGGCAGCUCACGUUUGGUAUAACAAUUAUAUGGUGAAACCAUGACCUCAUCCUCAUCUUGUUACUAAGCCUUUGUAGACCCAGCUGAACCUGGAUGUUUUUAAUAAACCUAUAGAUUUUAUUAAAAUGAAAUAUAAUGUAAGUAGAACUUACAAAUAAUAGAUGUCGAAAAUUUAACAGAGGAAAUCCUGUGUGUAUUUUUCUGUGUAAAGGUGAGCGAAUGAGAAGGGAUAAGAAUUAUCGUUUUACUGCUUUUUCCCUAAUUUGUAUGUGUCUUAUUACAUGUGGUCCAUCUUAUUCUAAGCUGUCAUACAACAGAGACAAGAUUUUUUGUUGUGAGCAAAGCUUUGUACACGAUCACCCAUGAGCCAAGAAGAACACAUUCUCUACAUUUCUAUAAAGCAUUUCCUAGACGUAAAAUGUAACGUUACAAAGUUUGACACACAUAAAUGAAAACAAUACAUUUUCUAUGCUGUGUGCAUGGUUUUCUAUUGAUUCUAUCAUCUAAAUGUAAUGGAAAAGACACAAAUAUUAAUAAAGAAAUAUAGUCUCUUUAACAGGCCUUAUAUUAUUUUUGCACUUGACCUAACAUUUGUUAAUCAUACCUCUUGUAUCAUUUGGGGUUUUUCUUUUCUUUAAAUUGUGAGAAAAUA